AUGGCUGGUACUUUCCUCUUCACUUCUGAAUCCGUCGGUGAGGGUCACCCAGAUAAGAUCUGUGACCAAGUCUCCGAUGCCAUCCUGGACGCCUGUCUCGCUGAGGACCCAUACUCCAGAGUCGCCUGUGAGACCGCUGCCAAGACUGGUAUGAUCAUGGUCUUUGGUGAAAUCACCACCAAGGCGAACUUGGACUACCAGAAGAUUGUCAGAGAAACCGUGAAGAGCAUCGGUUACGACUCCUCAGAGAAGGGGUUCGACUACAAGACCUGUAAUGUUCUUGUCGCCAUCGAACAACAGUCCCCAGAUAUCGCCCAAGGUGUCCACGAGGAGAAAGCCAUUGAGGACAUCGGUGCCGGUGACCAAGGUAUCAUGUUCGGCUACGCCACGGACGAGACCCCAGAACUGCUUCCAUUGACCAUCCUGUUGGCCCACAAGCUGAACAUGGCCAUGGCGGACGCAAGAAGACACGGCACUCUCCCAUGGAUGAGACCAGACACCAAGACCCAAGUCACCGUCGAGUACAAGGAGGACCACGGCAGAUGGAUCCCAUUGAGAAUCGACACCGUCGUCGUCUCCGCACAGCACGCUGAAGAGGUCACCACGGAGGACCUGAGAGCCGCGAUCAAGUCUGAGAUCAUUGAGAAGGUUAUCCCAGUGGAACUGCUAGACGAAAACACAAAGUACUUCAUCCAACCCUCCGGGAGAUUCGUCAUCGGUGGGCCACAAGGUGACGCCGGUUUGACCGGGAGAAAGAUCAUCGUCGACGCCUACGGUGGUGCCUCCGCUGUCGGUGGUGGUGCCUUCUCCGGUAAGGACUACUCCAAGGUCGACCGUUCUGCUGCCUACGCCGCCAGAUGGGUUGCCAAAUCUUUGGUCGCCGCCGGUCUAUGUAAGAGAGUUGAGGUCCAGUUCUCCUACGCCAUCGGUAUUGCUGAGCCAUUGUCUCUACACGUCAACACCUACGGCACAGCCACCAAGUCUGACGACGAGAUCAUUGCCAUCAUCAAGAAGAACUUCGACUUGAGACCAGGUAUCCUGGUCAAGGAGUUGGACUUGGCCAGACCAAUCUACUUGCCAACCGCCUCCUACGGUCACUUCACCAACCAGACCUACCCAUGGGAACAACCAAAGAAGUUGAACUUCUAA